AUGAUCAUCUUCUGGGGAAAGGCCUUUCUCGAGGUGGAAAAAUCAGAAGCUGCCAUCUGGUGUUCUUGUAACCUCGUGAUGUUAUUUUUCUCGAAAUGCCCUCCUCAAAGGCCCAAAAGGUCAAAUAGAUUAAGAAUCAACCCAGCAUCAAUGGCUACUUCAAGAGGAAGCAGGAUGAGGUCAGGGACCCCAUUCCAGCUACAUCUCGUCCGAUCAAACGUCACGAGGUCUGUGACCUUAAUUAUGGCUCGGAUGGGGAUUGCAGGGGUUGCAAGGAUAGUGUCCAGAAAGUACAGCUGCUAUCAGGUAGGUGAAAGUGUUCGCAAGAUGGACACUGCCCAGAGGGCCUCAGCUUCACGCCUGGAGUACGAGGAUAGUGAGACGGAAAGUUUCAGUAACGCGUACUAUAGUUCAGAUGAAUACCUUGACCUCAUCAUUGACUGGAACUGGACGUUGUCAACGAAGAAGUUGGAUACAAUGAGUACAUUGUCGGGUCAGACGACGUCGAUGGUGAGGCUAUAA